AUGCAAUAUGGGCCGUUAUGGCGCGUUUUCCGCAAACUCGUUCACCAGAAUUUCAUGGAAGCUGUCGUGGAGAAGAAUUAUGUUCCGGUACAGAAUGCCGAAGCUGUACAGAUGCUCUAUGAUCUCUGUCAGCGGCCGGAUCAACAUAUGCUUCAUCCGAAGAAAUUUAGUAAUAGUGUUGCUAUGAGCAUAAUUUUCGGCAUGCGGACGCCCACUUUGGAUACGCCGAAUAUGACUCGUUUGUAUCACAUUAUGACUGCAAAAAGACUCGGAUCAAACAUGAACUCCUUAUACAGCAGCCUACUAAACGAAGUCCGAACGCGCCGUGAAAACCCCAAAUAUCCCCGCAACACCGUGAUGGACUCGGUACUGGACCAGAAUGAGAAACUCGGUCUGACGGGUCAUCAGAUUUAUUUUUUCUGCGGAGUUUUGAAUGAGGGCGCUUCCGAUACUACCGCGACGGCUAUUCAGUCAUUUAUUCACGCUAUGAGUAAAUUGCCGGUUAUUCUUCGUAAAGCGCAGAUGGAGGUUGAUGGUGUUGUUGGUGAGGAUCGGCUCGGACGCCGGUUUGGGAGGAUUAUGUGCGUCUGCCAUGAUUGGGUCGAUGGCUACUUUAUCCCCAAGGGCUCAACGGUCAUAAUUAACGUCUGGGGUCUUCAUCGCGAUCAUUACGGUUAUGGAUCAGGACGUCGGAUUUGUCCCGGAAUGCACCUUGCAGAGCGCAAUAUGUUCCUGGCGAUUGUGAAGCUCAUAUGGGCCUUUGAUUUCGGGCCUGAUAUAGAUGAGAAGACUGGUUUGCCUGUUGAUGUAGAUGUUGACCCGCAGACUGGAUAUAAGGAGGGGCUGGUACUCGGUGCGAGAUCGUUUGCUUGUCGGAUAUCGAUGAGAUCAGAUGCGAGGAGAGAUACGAUUGUGCGAAAAUUCGAGAAGGUGAGCGCGGAUGUUUUUUCAAAGUAUGACUUUAAAUGGAUUUGGGUUUUUGGUAUCGUAUUUGAUUUCUAA